GAGAGUUCCGUUAUGUUAUUAAUUAUUCAUGAGCCAAGCCUUCGCUAUAGUAGGAUUAAACACGCCGAAGAUGGGCAGACAUACUGUUCCUUAAACCAUGAUCAGUUAAGAAACUGAUAUUGAUAGACGAGCUCAAAAAAUGGCGAGAGACUUCACUACAACAAGUCUGAGCAACAUUGACCUCGCCUCUUUACGGGAUCCUGCAGGGAUAUUCGAGCUCAUCGAGGUGGUCGGCAAUGGGACAUAUGGACAGGUUUACAAGGGUCGGCAUGUGAAAACAGGACAGCUGGCAGCAAUCAAGGUCAUGGAUGUGACUGAGGAUGAGGAAGAUGAAAUCAAACUGGAGAUUAACAUGUUGAAAACGCAUUCCCAUCACAGGAACAUAGCCACGUAUUACGGUGCUUUUGUUAAGAAAAGUCCUGCAGGUCAGGAUGACCAGCUUUGGCUGGUGAUGGAGUACUGCGGCGCAGGGUCAGUCACAGACCUGCUGAAAAAGACCAAAGGGAACUGCCUGAAGGAGGACUGGAUUGCUUACAUCUGUAGAGAGGUUCUGAGAGGUCUGUUACACUUGCACUCAAAUCAUGUGAUUCAUCGAGACAUUAAAGGACAAAAUGUGCUGCUGACAGAGAAUGCUGAGAUUAAACUCGUGGAUUUUGGUGUCAGUGCUCAGUUAGACAGGACGAUUGGCAGAAGAAACACAUUCAUCGGGACACCAUAUUGGAUGGCACCAGAGGUGAUCGCGUGUGAUGAGAAUCCUGACUCUACAUACGAUUAUAGGAGUGAUGUGUGGUCUCUGGGUAUCACAGCUUUGGAGAUGGCAGAGGGAGCACCACCCUUGUGUGAUAUGCAUCCAAUGAGAGCACUGUUUCUAAUUCCACGGAACCCUCCUCCCAAACUAAAGUCAAAGAAAUGGUCUAAAAAGUUUCUGACAUUUGUGGAAAGUUGUUUGGUGAAGAACUACCUCCACAGGCCGUCCACAGAGACCCUCUUACGCCAUUCCUUCAUUAAAGACCUUCCUAAUGAACGACAAGUACGCAUCACACUCAAAGAUCAUCUGGACAGAACCAGGAAGAGGAGACGCGAGAAAGAGGGAACGGAAUAUGAAUACAGUGGAAGUGAAGAUGAAGACGAUGGCAUAAAUGAAGAUGAAGGUGAACCCAGCUCUAUAGUGAAUCUUCCUGGAGAGUCUAUGUUAAGACGAGAGUUCCUGCGUCUGCAGCAGGAGACACACUCACAAACACAACUACUCCAACAAGUACAUAAUCAAGACAACUACAAAAGACAAUUGCUCGCGGACCGACAGAAGAGAAUCCAACAACAACAGGAGGAAAGACGACGCCUCGAAGAUCAUCAGGAAAGGCUGUUACACGAUACCGGACUCCAGUGGCCAGAGCUUCAGGAGAUGUUAUGGCAAGAAGAGACUGAUGUUACUGAGAAAAGCAAAAGAAAUCACAAGAAACCGCCCAAAGACGGUGAACAUCACAAGACUGAAGUUGAAUCAACAUCUCUAAGUCUUUUUGCUGAGCAGUCUCAGGGCAGAAAACCCCAACGCACGCUUCCCAGAGAUCAGUCACAGCUGCUGUUGCUGCAGCACGACCACGGACACCAGCAGAAGAGCACUAGAGCAAUCUCACCACACGAUGGGCUGGCAGGUAAACUGGAAUCCCUGGACACCCAUCUUGUCAAUCUGAAUAAUAUAGCUAUCAGGAUUCCUCAUGUUCAGUCACGUCUGGGAUCAGGAAGCAACUCCAGUCCUUGUACUCCAGCGCUCCAGAGAGCCACCAAACAGCCGAACAUGAACGUGUGUCCCAGUCGAGAGAUUCAUCACAGCAGCUCUAUGUCUGAUGUCACUGCUCCUCUCUCACCAACACAAGAUGAAGUCUUCUUCAACCCUGAUGAUCAGCCACCAAAGAUUCCAGAACGAACAACAUCAAAAUUCAAAGAUGUCACGAGCCAUCACAGAUAUGGAUCCGGUGGAGAUCGUCAGUCUUCUUUGGACAGCAGUGUUAAAAUGUCCUACUCUAACAGCUCAACGAGCAGCUCACAUUCAGGUUACUGUAUGCCGGACAUUCCAGCUCAUCAAAACAGAAACUCUCAAAGUUCAGGAACAUCACCACCAACCCAGGGUUUGGGAAUGAAGUCGCACUUCAGCCCAUUAAUGAAGCUUGCAGAAUAUUCUUCCUCCAGUGAUGAAGAUGAUGAGAAGACUAGGUCACCGUUGAGCAAUGGAAGGCCCUUGUUAUCCAGAGGGCAGUUUAAUGAUAUCAUUCUUCAGCCUCAUCUCAAUGUGAAAGCGCAGCAGCAGAGUGCAGCAAAGCCAAGGCCUUCUGGAUCCCAAUCCAAUGACAGCUACCACCUGCCGGACCUCCUGCACAAGAGCCCCACACAUGAGCUCACCUGCCACCAAGACACCACGCAGAGCUUUGAUAAAUUAUUCAAUAAUCAGCCAGGAAAAAGCACAUCCUCUUCCUCUUCCUCAUUCUCACCUUUUAUUGACCCUCGUUUGCUGCAGAUAUCACCACCUCAGAGUCCGCAGGGAUACGACCAACUGAAUGACAGGUGUGAACCAUGCAUUAGACAGCCCCACAGGAAGGGCUCUGUGGUGAAUGUCAACCCCACCAACAUUCGACCUCAGAGUGAUGCCCCAGAGAUCCGCAAAUAUAAAAAGAAGUUCAAUGCUGAAAUCCUCUGCGCUAGCCUGUGGGGUGUGAAUUUGUUGGUGGGCACAGAGAGCGGCCUGUGGCUGCUGGACCGUAGUGGUCAGGGCAAAGUUUACUCUCUCAUCAGCCGCAGACGCUUCCAACAGAUGGACGUACUGGAGGGCCUCAAUGUACUCAUCACUAUAUCAGGUAAGAAAAACAAGCUGAGGCUGUACUACCUGUCCUGGCUGAGAAAUAAGAUCUUGCGUAAUGAUCCAGAGGUGGAAAAGAAACAGGGCUGGACCUCAGUGGGAGAACUGGAGGGGUGUGUCAGCUACAAAGUAGUUCGCUAUGAAAAAAUCAAGUUCCUGGUCAUCGCCUUGAGGAGCGCUGUGGAGAUCUAUGCAUGGGCUCCCAAGCCAUACCACAAGUUCAUGGCUUUCAAAUCUUUCAGCUCACUGCCGCAGAAGCCCCUCUCAGUUGACCUGACGGUGGAGAAUGGACAGAGAUUAAAGGUCAUCUAUGGGUCUCACUCUGGCUUUCAUGCUAUUGAUGUGGAUUCAGGGACGCCCUUCGAUCUGUACCUGCCCAGUCAUAUCCCAGGUCUGAUUCGGCCGCAUGCCAUCAUCAUCCUUCCCAGCAGCAGUGGGAUGGAGCUGUUGCUGUGUUACGAGGAUGAGGGUGUCUAUAUUGACACCUAUGGCCACAUCACCAAGGAGACGGUGCUGCAGUGGGGGGAGAUGCCCGCCUCUGUCGCCUACCUUCAGUCAAAUCAAGUGAUGGGAUGGGGGGAGAAAGCCAUAGAACUCAGAUCUGCCAAGACUGCAAGUCUAGAGGGAGUCUUCAUGCACAAAAAGGCUCAGAAGCUCAAGUUCCUGUGUGAGAGAAACGAUAAAGUGUUUUUUGCUUCUGUCCAGUCGGGUGGAUGCAGUCAGAUCUACUUUAUGACGUUAGGACAGAACUCGCUCUUCAACUGGUGAUCUUUUGGAUCACCAACAGAGGGUGUUGCUGGGUAAAAGCAUCCAAAUUACUCUGUAUAGACUUUGUCCAUUGCACAAUCUCUGCAAAUAAGAUUCAAAUAGUAAUUUUUUCCAUGUUCACAUGUUAACGUUUUCAAUAGAAGUGAUAUAUACAUAUUAAAUGAUUUAAUACAUGUAAAAUAGCUGAUAUAUUGCACCCUGUCUGACAGUGUCAGCAUUUGUCGUCUUGAUCUGUGCUUAACCCCAAAACAUAAACCUUGUUUUGGAUUUUAAUUUUAUUUCUCUUUCUAUUGUCAUGUCAUAUCUUGCAAAAAUAGGCUUGAUAUUUUGUUCCUAAUACCUAAUUAUUUUAUUGUAUAACAACAACCAUGGCUGGUACACGGUUUAGUGUGAAACCAAUACUAAUAGCUAGUAGAUGAAUGACUAACUGUUAUACAAAUAUUGUUGUUUGCCGACAAUUCAGAACUGAAUUGAUACAAUAACUGUGCACUUUCAGCUUUCAUUUUAUGGACUUUUCAGGUAAACAAAUGUAAUGAUCAGUUUAAUUAUAACAAAUGACAGUUUAUCUUCGUUGUAUUUGUUUAUUAUAGCUCUCACCAUAAUAAAACACAAACAUAACUGGACACAUAAUCAUGAUAAACAUUAUAUAAAUGAAAGGUUUGUUUGGCUGUUGGUUGCAGGUCUUUUACAUGAAGACUAAAUGUUCAAUGUUUCCUUAUCUAUCUGUGAGGAGUCUGAACAUCAUUAUUUAUUUGCUGCUGGUUUUGUUUUAGAUCUUGUCAGCAUGAGCAAGAAAACUAAAUUUGGGAAAGAAAAAAUAAAUAAUUCUUCUGUACAUUUGAGAAUUCAUUAUUCGAUUACCAUCAGUCAUUAAGGAAGCACCAGUGCGGCCACAAUUUCCAUAUUUGUUGUUGAUCACAUUUCACAGAUGACAAAGUUUGUUUUAUUUUAGCUUCCUUUUCAAACCUUUCUAUUUUGUCCUCUGGUUCUGGCUAAUCACAGCCUUUGAUUCCUACUUCCACAAGUUUCUUUACGCACAUCUCCAGUUUCACAGAGCUAUAUUUCAGCUCAAGUUUAGGGGUGAUUGAUAAACACAAAUCCUUACUUCACAAAGACUGGUAUUUUGAAGCCAGACAGUUUAUUAAAUUACAAUAUGCUUAUGGUGUGUUUUUUUUUUUUUUUGUUUGGGGUUUUUUUUAUGCUGUAACAUGGAGCCUUAAAAUUCAGUGUGAAUUAGAUUCUCAUUUGAGUUCUAUGGCUUAAUAUGUGUUUUCUGUGCAGUAUUUGUUAAAUGGGUAGCACCUUAUUUUACAGUUCUGUUCCCCAUGUACAUACUAGCAAUUACUAUAACUAGGUACUAACCCUGAACCAACCCCUAAACCUAACCUUAGCCCAUGUGGUACCUUAUAUUAUCAGUACUUUCUUGGGUAAGUACACUGUAAGCACACCGUAAGUACAUGUACUGUAAAAUGAAGUGUAACCGUUAAAUGUUGAAGAAAGAUUAAGAAAAAGUUCUGUAAUAUUUUUAUUAUGCUUUGCAUGAAAAUAUCAUACAGUAACAUAUGCAUGGACGUGAACGUGGUGAUGUCUAGAGAAGUGAGUUGAGAUGGUUGAUUCUUUUGGAAAAUGAAUGGAGCAAAGAAAAGCACCAGGAAGUGGGAGAUGAUCAUAUGAACAUUUUAAAGAAAGUUGGAAUGUCGGAAAUCAAAGUUAGAAAAUGAGAGUUAAGGAGCUUGGGAUACGUGAGAUUGGUAACUGCUGAAUUGUUAUAUCUGAGAUUUAUGUACUCAAAGCAUCUGUGUUUGUAAAGAUGCAAUGAAAGAUCGUUUUAAACCAUUCCUUGAAAUUCCAAAUGUAUGCACUUUGCAUUGCUUUUAUACAGACUAACUUGCUUGUUCAUGCAGCUGUUCUAUUUUCAAACAUUAAUGAUUUAUCUCAUUUAUGGAACAAUAGUAAAAUGAAAAAUAUGAUCAGAAAUGUAGAUCAGAAAUGCUGUUUUGUGAUCUUGUAAAGGAUCAUGAUCAUUGCAGCAGAAGACUGUCCAUCACAGUGCACUGAUUUCAUUCUGUAAAUCAGUAAAGCAUCUCAGUAUAUCGUGAAGGAGAGAGUUGCAUUAUCAUUAGCUUUUGUUGUAUUGGAUGCUGAAGUAGUGUUUCAGUAAUUCUCCCAUUAGUUUGGGCAUAAACAAACCCUAAUGUGUGGAAAUGCUCAUUUAAACUUUUCUUUUCAAAUAACUUUUUCAUAGUAAUUUUUUUUUUCUUUUUUCUGUCAAAGCAAGACAUGUCCAUAUAUUCUCAACUGUGCCUUAAUGUGUGUUCUGAGUGGUGUCUAACAAUUUUAUUUGGGUUUUGUUUUAAAAUUAAAAUGUCUUCUUGACAGUUGGUUUCUGUACUUUCAUUUUGAAAGACAAUAUUGUACAUUAACUGCAGCAAAGGUUUUAAUUCAAAGUUUUUUUGUAACCGUGUAAUUCGACUGUAUAUUACUGAAUAUAUUCCUAAAUACUGUGUUUUAUAGACAGCUAAUUAUCUAACAGCAUAACAGCAAGUACCAUAUAAUCAUUAUGCUUGUUGGGUUUAGAUUGUAACAAAGCUGCAUAUCUAUAUUUUGUGUCAUGUGUGGCUGAAUUGAGCCAAAUAAAUGCUUUAAGAAUGGA